AUGGCCGACAAAUCCAAGAUCUACCAGCAUGCAGACUCAGAUGGUCAUUUCCGGCGGAAAGAUGCGGCGUUUCGAUCAUGGGUGUCUCGGGACCCCUCGGCUGAAUUCCCCGCCGAAGAAGACCGCUACGUGCUUUACAUCAACUAUGGCUGUCCCUGGGCCCAUCGCGCCAAUUUGGUCUGGACCUUGAAAGGAUUACAGAAAGUCAUUCAGAAGGUAGUUCUGGACCCCGAACUUGGUCCGGAUGGCUGGUUCUUCUCAGGUCGAUGGGGAUCGGCGGAGAAAGAUCCUUUAUAUGGGUUCAAGUUUCUCAAGGAACUGUAUUUCAAAGCAGAUCCGCAAUAUGAAGGACGCUACACUGUGCCAACCUUGUGGGACAAGAAGAAAGAGACAAUCGUCAGCAACGAAAGCAGUGAGAUAAUCCGCAUGUUCUAUACCGAAUUUGACGACUUUCUACCCAAGGCCUUGCGUGACAUCAAUCGCCCAGGUGGAGGAUUCUAUCCUGAGCACCUGAGAGGUGAUAUCGAUGCUAUGAAUGCGUGGGUAUACCCUCAGGUUAAUAACGGAGUCUACAAAACCGGGUUUGCAACCAGUCAGGAAUCGUAUCUCGAGAAUAUUUACCCGCUCUUCGAGGCCUUGGAUCGUCUUGAGGCACAUUUGGGCCAGCCGGGGCAUCAGCCAUUCCUCUUCGGCGAUCACAUAACCGAUGCUGACAUCCGCUUAUACACAACUAUUGCACGGUUCGAUGUGGCCUACUAUCUGAUCUUCAAAUGCAACCUGAAGAUGAUCCGACACGAUUACCCACUUCUGGACCGCUGGUAUCGAAGGCUUUAUUAUGAUGAGUCUGAGUUAACUAAAGGAGCAUUCAAAGAAACAACCUUUUUUGACAUUUACAAGUUUGGGUACCUUGUUUCCGUUGGAAAGAAGACUGGCAAUGUUCAGUUGGUGAUUCCUGCUGGACCUGUCCCGGAUAUCUUACCUCCCACAGAGUAA